AUGGACGCUUCUGCCAACUCCUCAGGGUUCUCUAAGAAGUCUCGGAGAUCGAGGCAGGGACUGUGUCUGCUGAAGAAAAGCGGCUAUGAAGACUCGGCAAAGGCUCCCAAGACUCGUUAUGAAAGAGAAAUGAAAACCUACAUCCGCCCAAACGGGAGACCAGAAAAAAGUUCAAGAACCCCAGUGCGCCGUUCUGAGAGUCGCCCCAAAUCAAAGGAGAGCCCCCUGGAGCACCCAUUCGCGACGAAACUGGGAGCCAUGUGGAGCGGCACUGCUGGAAUUGACGAGCAGCCCGAAGGAAAGAAGGCUGCCAAGCUGAAGAAAAAGCAUGAAGCCGAUAUUGCUGCCUCCAGACCUAAAGGAAAACCCAACGCCGCAGAAAACAGGGUGGUCAGGGCUGAAAAGAGCAAGAAAAAGAAGGAAGAGGAAGAUGAGGAGGAAGAUGACGACGAAAUAAGUUGGUUCUAG